GCAACGAAAUUACGGGAGUUUUUAUACGCAAACAUUUGGAUAUCAAAGAUGGCGGUGUUCAGUCCGCAAUAUCCGUUAGAAACAAACGUUUGACAGCGGUACCAAUGAGACUGAAAUGGCUGCACAGCAUCAAAGGGUCUCGUGUUAUUCAUCAAAACGGCCACGUCACAGUGGUCAUUUCAGCAGCUGGACCAAACGGACAAACAGGCUGACCCGCCAGAGGGGAUGGUUCAGCACAGAGACACGACCCAGGGAUCAUGUUACGGAGAGAAUCAGAAAUGAGGAGUCACGACCUCCAAUCGAAAGAAAAAUCCAGUCUGCUCCCAUCGAGGAAGCGUGGGUGAGUGGCCUGUUCGAUGGACAAUUCAAUCUUUUGUCAAGUUUUGGCCACGGACAAAAUUCGAAAUAUGAAAUUCGAAAGGCGACAGCAGUUUCGAAUGACAAUCUGCCGAAGAAAACUCGAGCGUGUAUACAUGGAGCCACAUGUGACGAUACAAAUUUAAUUUCAAGAUUUAAGAAUUUCAACGAACCGGAAGUCCAAGAUUGGAUCCAGCGCGAAGAAUCUCGGAAACGGAAGUACGGAAAGGUGAUGAUGAAGCCUGGUGGUCCCGGAGUGAGCGUUUCGUUAGACGGACCAACAUUCAGCCGUGCCAAAAAAUCUACCAAGAAAGAACCCUCCAAAAGAGCAGCAUUUCUGUCAUGGAAACGCCAGGCCACCACCACGACUGUGUUCCUACGCCGGGACUACCAGGACAAGGCCACCACCACGACUGUGUUCCUACGCCGGGACUACCAGGACAAGUUUCUUACCACUUUUCCGAUAAUGGACCUCGUGGAACCCACUUGGCCGACCAAUGUAACAUUCCCUCCUGUCAGGAAGGUUGAUAACUUGCCUGAAGACUUAGCUUCCAGGACGGUCGACUCUUUGCCUUUAGACACAUCCAUUAGCGCGGUUGACCAUUUGCCUGUUGACACAAACGCCAGGACGCUUGACCCCUUGCUUGCAGAAACACCCAUUAGCACGGUUGACCAUUUAUCUGUAGAUUUCCUUCCCAGAAAUCUAAAACCCUUGCCUGAAGACACGCCCUUAACGAAGGCCCAGCCCAUGUCAGUAGACUUUCUCCUCAAGAGGACUGACCCAUUGUCCGCACACUCUCUCGUUAGGACGUUUGAACCAUCCUUUGUUGCCCACCUCAUCAGUGAAGCUCAUGUUUCAUCUGAAGCCAUUCCCUACAAGAAAAUUAACAUCGUAUCUAGAGGAGUGAAGAAAGGAGACGUGCCGGGAGAGACCAGCUCCACAGAGCGUGGAUGGCCCUCCACUUACCACAAUGAUAUACUGGACCAACCAGUAAAACACGAGUGCUUUGUCCGAUAUUGGUACGGGGAUAGGAGACCUAUCUACAGUCCAGUCGGGUCAGUCACCUUCAGGAGGAGUGUAACGUAACGACUUUAGAGAAACCUCUUUAGUCCGGACAUUUUCGUGUGUGUGAACAGUGGAACCUCAUAUCGACGUGUGCCCUAACUUUUGUUUGAGUGUACAGUAGAACCUAUUUUUUCCUACCAUUAUUGCUUGUGUGUACGGUAGAACCUCUUCAGUCCAAACAAUUAUGAUUUCGUGUUCACUAAAAUUUCGUCAGUCCGGACACUUUUUGUUUGUGUGUAAUGCAGAACCUCUUUAGUCUGGACACUUUAGUUUGUGUACAUUAGAACCUCAUCAGUCCGAACAUUGUCGUUUUUGUGUACAGUAAAACCUAUUUAGUCCGGACAUUUUUGUUUCUGUGUAUACAGUAAAACCUUUUUAGUUCGAACACUAUUGUUUGUGUGUACAAUAGAACCUCUUUAGUCUGAACUUUAUUGUUUGUGUGUACAGUAAAACCUCUUUAGUCUGAACGUUAUUGUUUUUGUGUACAGUAGAACCUUUUUAGU